AUGACGGAAGCCGCAGGCAUAUCAAGACAUCAACCCUGCAAACUACGUCUUGAAAAGCGGCAAAUGCGCCCACAACUCACCCAUUUCCUAUGUCUGCCUCUAGUAAACACUAAAUCGCUGCCGCAGCUGGACGCAUCGCUUGCGGCCUUCAAAUCAGCUCAUAUCGCUGAUCCUGGGCCAGCUUCUCAACCAUCCUCCGAUGGCCAAGGGAACACCUCCCGCCUGGGUCUUCCCAGCACAGCCUUCCGUCCACUGGGCACACUUCAUUUGACUCUUGGGGUGAUGAGUCUCGCCAAUAAAGAGCGUCUCGAUCAAGCCCUUACUUUUUUCCAAUCCCUCGACCUAGAAGCCCUAAUGAACGAGGCGGAGCGAGUCACAGCUCAGGCACAACAAAAAAGAACCCUUCACCGAUCAUCGCCCUUGACUGUUUCUCUUGAGUCAUUACAUGCUCUACCGCAAGGCCAAUCAGCAACUAUACUACAUGCUUCACCUGUCGAUCCUACAGGCCGCUUGCUUCCAUUUUGCAUAAAGCUACGUGACAAAUUCAUCGAGGCUGGCUUUAUCCAAAGUGAGCCCGACAGAAGACCAGCAGGAAGACAAAAGCCCGCCAAUCGCUUUGUCCAAGACUUUCCUGUAGCCUCUGGAUCUGCCACUAUAUCUAGUGAUGUGUCUUUACACCCACCAGAAAACCAAAUUUCCUCUACAACCCCAGGCGUGUCGAGAAACCCAGAUCCACCCAUAGCCAUAAUAACCCGAGAACCAAAACAGCGACCACUCCUCCUGCACGCGACUAUUGUCAAUACCAUUUAUGUUCGUGGACGACAGGGCCAGAACAAGGACGUGAAAGACAAGAGUCCACCUAAACGCCUUACAUUCGAUGCUCGCAACCUGAUCUCGCAAUAUCGUAAUUACUACUCUGAUGACAACCGAACUAUCCCACACCCAGGACUUAGUGUCUCUCCUCAGCACACCGCAAGUCACCACCACCACCACCACUACCGUGCAAAAUCUUCACCAAUCCCCAAAAAAAGCAUUAUUCCCGCCAGGCAUGAAACCCAUUCAGCCACUCCCCCACCGUCGCAGGGCCAUCCUUUCAUUUGGGCAAGGGAAAUUCCGCUGGAUACUAUCUGCAUCUGCGAAAUGGGCGCCAGGAAACUAUAUCCCGGGGUCAACGACAGUCAUGGUUUGAAUGAACGGCUCGGCGAGAGGUAUACGGUCGUUGCAGAACGGAGUCUGAAUCCAUGA